GCUAGUAUGUCGGGUUCGUCGUCUACGAACAAGCCAAACCAACAGCAUCCAGAACGGGAAACAGAACAGCAGCAAGAACAACAACAACAAUCAUCGCAACAACAGCAGCAAGAUGAAACACAACAACAGGAGCAACAUUGUUCCCAGCAGCAACCGAAAUGGGUGUGCGAAUACUGUACAUACGAGAACUAUCCAUUGUCCCUCAAAUGCAUCAUGUGUACAGGGCCCAAACCGCUGCUUAAGGAGGAUAUAUUUCGCCUAAGUCCAACACAACAGCUCAGUGCGACGAACCGAUCGAACCCAAAUCUAGCGAGCGGUGCGACUACGAUCACAACGGAACCGCUCGAUACCAAUCAGCGAUGGCCAUGUGCGUCCUGUACCUACCUGAACCUUCCCCACAGCAGGCGCUGUCUGCAGUGCGACACCAUACGAAAGGAAGAGCUGAUCACGAUCCAGCAACAACCACCGUCUCCAUCGAAAGUGAUAAGCGAUAGCAUAAGCGAGCAGCUAAAUGCGUUGAACAUUUGCCGCAGUGCCAGUCCCGGCGAUGAUGGUACCGUCUGCACAAGCGGAACUGCCGGCAAGCGUAACAAUCGCAACAAUUCACCGGCAUCGGGCGCAUCGUACGGUUCCACCUCAGGAUGUGCGAGUGAUGUAAAACACUCACCCUCUCCCGUGUCCUCGUCACCCGGCAAUACGAUGGGCCGAGCAGUGGCCAGCUCACCCGUCAACACGGGCAAAUGGUUCUGCUCGCUCUGUACGUACGAAAAUUGGCCCAAAUCGCUCAAAUGUUCGAUGUGCUUGCAUGCGCGUGAAACCGCCAGCAGUAAUAUGGGCAGCAAAAGUAGCAACCAGGCGGCCGCCAAACCAUCUCCCGAGCACGACGAGAACAGCGUUAACAACGUGGCCAGCAAUAUCAUGGUAAACAACAAGCGUAAUCAACAGUUUGUAGGUCAUGCCGAUUCGAUAAACAAUAUGGACGCGUGCAAGCAGGAACGCUACCUGCAGCUACUGCGCCGCCAACCCGAUUGGGACUGGCUGAAUGCGUGCGUCGGCAUAGCGGAAAACAAUAUUGGAGCGGUGGAAGCGUACCUGGAGUGUGGCGGCGAUCCAAGCCGAGCACUAACAUCGGCCGAAGCGUUUCUGAUCAGUCGCAACAAUUGUGCAUUUGAUGUGGGCCACACGCUGAUUCAUCUGGCGAUACGGUUUCAUCGGGACGAGAUGUUGCCACUGCUUUUGGCACAAAUUUCUGGCUCGGGUCCGGGCAUUAAGCGCGUACCGGCUUAUAUUGCACCGGAUCUUGCGAGUGACAUACGGCGCCAUUUUGCACAAUCGCUACGAAUACGGAAGGCUUCGUUCAACUGCCAGUUUGUGAAUGAACAUGCCACGUUUUCGCUGCCGGCCGAUAUCGAAGAGUUGCCGUUAGUGUUGCAGGAGCAGCUGUACGAGGAGCUGCUGGAUAAGGAUGCGCAAAAGCAACUAGAAAUGGCUCCACCAGCUUUGAAUUGGUCGCUGGAAAUUACUGAGCGGCUUGGUUCGCGGUUGAUGGUGCUGUGGAAUCGUAGCGCUGGCGAUUGUUUGCUCGAUUCCGUGAUGCAGGCUACCUGGGGUGUGUUUGACCGUGACAAUACUCUCCGUCGAGCGUUGGCCGAUAGCUUACACCAGUGCAGUCACAUAUUCUAUCCCCGCUGGAAGGAGAACGAACUUUUCCAGGCGGCUUUGCUCCAGUACACCGUCGGCGAGAUGCAGCUGGAGAAGGACUGGAACACGCUACUAUCGCUAGCUAGUCAUCCGGGCUCAUCGCUCGAGCAGCUGCACAUCUUUGCCCUCGCCCACAUCAUGCGCCGACCGAUCAUUGUGUACGGUGUAAAGUAUGUGAAAAGCUUUCGCGGAGAAGAUAUCGGAUUUGCCCGGUUCGAGGGUGUCUAUCUGCCGCUGCUGUGGGAGCAAAGCUUCUGCAUUACGUCGCCGAUCGCGCUCGGCUACACACGUGGACACUUUAGUGCGCUCGUGCCGACCGAACCGUACUCGCGGAUCGAUGCAACACGGGACGACCGGGAAGACAUUACCUUUUUGCCUCUGAUGGACUGUGAGCUGAAGCUGCUGCCGAUACAUUUUUUGACCAAAAACGAGAUUGGUCGCGAAGAGAUGUUACUCCGGCAGUGGUUGGAAGUGUGCGAAACGGAGGGAGGAUUGGUGGUCGCCCAGCAGAAGCUUCACAAACGUCCACUAUUAGUCGCUCAGCUGCUAGAAGAAUGGCUUAACCACUAUCGUAGGAUAGCGAUCUCGAGGCUGUUUUAAAAUAAUAAUCGUUCUAAUGUGCUAGCGUUCUACAAUAAUUGCGGAAACCGUGCC